CAUCAGUCGACAGAGAGAAACAUUCACAGGGUAUUGUCACAACAUCACUGGUAAAGGAGGAGAACGUAUGGUCCAGACCAAAAAUUAGACAUUACAAUGAAGAAAACUGUCAUGCAAGUGAUGGGGUUCUUGAUCUCCACCACUGGUUGGUUCUUUGUGUGCUGCACACUGGCAAUGAACUACUGGAGGUUUACCUACAUAGGUGGACAAGGAGGCUCCUGGGUCAUCAAGGCAGCAUGGUACUGGACCACCCUCUGGAGGGACUGCUAUACGGAUACAACAGCUGUUGACAACUGCAGGGAAUAUGACGUCCUGUGGGUUAUCAACCCCAAAAAUACGGCUGAAAGAGGAUAUAUCCAGACUGUGCGAGGUUUGGUGCUGUGUGGAAUGGCUCUAGGCUUAUUUGCUGCGAUAUUUUGCUUUAUUGGGAUGGACUGUACAUACAUUGGUGGAAGUGAGAGAACCAAUGAUAUAAUAUUAUUGACAGGAGCACUUUUUCAUUUUCUUGGAGGUGUGGCCGAUGCAGCUGGUUAUUGCUUAUUCACAAUUAGAUUAGGAAGAGCAGCGUUUGCACGCAUGUCAUCAAAAGGCAUCCUGAGGUAUCAAAUAGGGCCUCCAGUAUACCUUGGUUUUGUAGGCAGCUUUUGCAUAAUCCUGGGCUCUGUUUUAUAUCUUGUGACUGUCUACAGAAUCAUCGUACCAAAGAGAGAGUUGGACGCAUCCAUGCCGAGAAAGCCCAUGACCGCUAAGAGUUACGUUCCACUGGCCAAAAGUAGAACAUUAUACAAUGAUGACCACACAGCAUCAAUUCACUCCGAUCUCUCAAGGCCCUUAAGCAAGUUAAGCGGUCAUGUGUCCAGAGUUUCUCAUAUUACAGAAAUGUCUGACAGAGAUGAUUUUGUUUGA